AAUGCUCCUUUCAGUUCUUUCCUUAGUCUUUUUCCUCUAAAAUAGCAAUACUAGUGUCCCUACAAAUGAAAGAAACGUUAUUGAGAUCUUACUUUUCUGACAUCAGUGUUUGGCUCCCCUGAGUUUAUGAUUGUAGUGGUUAGUGUGCACUGAUUUGUUCCGCGAAGAAUUACUUUGCAUACACGUUUGUAUCACGGUGCGUUGUACCGCGGAUAUGGUGGUAAUAAAAGGUUAAAUAAAAAAGUGCUAAAGUUAGCUUAAAACGAAUAUAAUAUAAAUAAUCAAGAUUAUCUCUGGAAAAUAUUCUCUGUAAAAAAAAUGGAUGUUAAUAAAGUUGAUGAAGAUAAUCAACGUAGUAUCAACGAUGGUGAUUGGGUCUGUCCAGAUUCACAGUGUGCCAAUGUAAAUUUUGCAAGGAGAAGCUCCUGUAAUCGGUGUGGAAAAGACAGAGGUGAAUGUACAAAGAAGAAAAAACUGGGACAAGAAAUUGGUAAAGCAGCUGCAGAAAAAAGUAGAGGCUUAUUUAGUGCGGACGAUUGGCAAUGUAGUAAGUGUGGUAAUGUGAAUUGGGCUCGUAGACAACAGUGUAAUAUGUGUAAUGCUCCUAAAUUUGGAGAAAUAGAAGAACGUACUGGUUAUGGUGGGGGAUAUAACGAUCGUGGUAUAGUUGAAUAUAAAGAAAGAAGAGAAGAUGACGACGAUUACGAUGAAUUUGGAAGACGUAAGAAAAAGAGGAAGAUAGAGAAUCGUUCCGAUGAUGAUUCUAAAGAUUCUAGGUACAACAGUCCUUCUCAUUGUAAAGCCAAAGAAGACGAAAAAGAUGAAAUAGCUGAUGAAGAAAUAGAACAAGUGGAAGAAAAUGAUAACGAUGAGGAGGAAGAAGAAGAAGCAGAAAAAGAGGAAGAGGAAGAAGAAGAUGAAGAGGAUGAUGACGAUGGCGAUGGUGAUUUAUCUAAAUAUGAUCUCAGUGAAUGGGAUGACUUAGCAGCAGUGAAAAAAAGCACAAAUGGAAAUACUGUAUCUUCAGAAGAACAACGGUCAAGGUAAUGAGGGUAAUAAAUGGAGAUGAUUGGCGUGAUUCAGGUACAUCCAGCCACUGAGAAGUUGUGCAGAAGGACAGGUUUGACAUGGGUUUUAGGGAUAGAACUGGUUCUUAAAAACCACAAUGAAUAAGUUUUUUUGAAUGCUAUUCUUUUUUUGCACUUUCACAAUUAAAUUACGAUUUAGGCUAUAGAAUAGAUAUGCGUUGUUAAAUAAGGAUUAGUAAAGUACUGUUUUAAAAAGUAUCUCAAAUUUAAAAAUAUUACUUUUACAGGCAGAAGAAAAUACUUGGAGCAACAAUAAGUCCGUGACUAAGAACAUACAUAUAAUGCGGCAAGUUUAGUGAUCUAAUGAGCACUUUUAAAUAAAGUGAAAGAUAAUAUAAAACUUCUUGCAAAGGAAAUCAAUUGAUGUAAGCUUUAAAUUUGUGAUCAAAUUGAUAGGAAGAAUGAUAUGAAGGAAAAGGAAAAAAGAAAAACGUAGGUUGUUCAUCUGCGCAAUAUUGCCAUUUUGCAUAAUAAUGCAAAAUUUAUAAAUCAUUAAGCGUAGAUAAAAUUCUUCGCUAGUCAAAACAAGAUUUAUGGUUUUGAUGAUUCCUUCUAGAUACAAUUUUCAUAGAUAAAUGACGUAAGAUAUGACGUUACUUUAAUAUAAAAGCUGAGUAUGUGAAUUUAUAGAAAAUUUCAAAGCUUUGCAAAAGCACGGAAUAAUUGUAAUGGCUUCGAGUUUUCAAUUGUGUUAUUACAAACGCACUAGGUCAAUGUAAACAUAUCACUGCUUAAAUUGCUCAGCCUGCUUUUGUAAUAUUUUACUCUUCACUGCUUUAAAAUAUUUUUUCGGUCUCUUUCAUUUUUCUAUAUCUAUGUAUAAAUAUCCGAAUAAGUAACUCUAUACUAUGUAGUAUUAAAGAAAUCAUUCCCUAAUGAAUUCGGAUGUGUUCUCGCAUUAUCAAAAUAAUAGAAAAGAUACGUUUUCCUUAAUUAACAUAGAUUUGAAUAAGUCGAAAGCAAUCGACAUAAUUGAAACAUAACGUGAAUUUAUCGCUAUAUCAUGGUGUAUAGCGACAUCAAUUACAACUUUGAUGCCUGCUUUUAAACUAUAAAAAAAAAAAUGGUUAUUAAUCAAUAUCAUAAUGACUUCUUGUAAAUAUCUUUAUUUUUCAUUUAUAAUAAAAAUCAUUCGUCAACAACAUAAUUGUUCUUAGUCAAUUACUUUUCUUAUAAUCAUUACAAACUACAUAGGGUCAUGAUUAUGCACAGAGUUGGUCACAAGGAUUGGUGAGGGAGUGAAAGGAACGGGCGAUACUGUAAGGAUUAUGUUGCAACAGGUUUAUAUAUGUAUACAUAUAUGUGUAUAUAUAUACAUAUAUAUGUAUGUAUGUAUAUAUGUAUGCAUGUAUGUAUGUAUGUAUAUAUCGUAUGUAUGUACAAUUAUGAACUUGAAUUUGUAACGUGUGUGUUAAGUAUUUUCUGAUAAAGGAAGGAUGAAUUCCG